CUGUUAGCAAUGGGAAUAGUCAGGAAACCUUCUUACGCUUCAUAUUGGGAAAACGGAAAUAAGAAUGUAUUAACAUGCACUCCAAAUUUUUCCCAGAUCAUGUCAAGAAAUAGAUUCCAGGAAAUUUUGAGGUUUUUACACUGCAAUGAUAAUGAUUUAGCAGUCGAGAGAGGCCAAGCUGGUUAUGACCCACUCCAUAAAGUUGCUAAUAUCAUAGAAUUUUUCAACAGAACUUUUGAGGAAAAUUACAGACUUUCACAAAAUGUUUGCAUUGACGAAAGAAUGAUUGGUUUCAAAGGAAGGCAUUUUUUGAAUCAAUAUAUUGCUAAUAAAAAGGCGCACAGAUGGGGUGUCAAGGCAUGGGUUCUUGCUGAAUCAGGCAGUGGAUACACACAUCAAGUUGAACUGUACAAGGGCAAAUCAAAUGCACCUCGUCAUCCUGAUGGACAAGGAUACAAAGUUGUUAUGGAUCUGAUGAGGCCCCACUUUGGAAACCAGCACCAUUUGACCAUCGACAGUUGGUUUACCAGUCCAAAAUUAGUACACGACCUCAGAAACAGGGGUACAUAUUGUACUGGUACAGUCAUUGCCACAAGAAAAGGCAUGCCUCAAAGUUUUAGAAAAGCAAAACUUCCAAAGGGGGCAAUUCUUGCAAAGUCCCGAGGACCAGUUAUGUCUGUUCUAUAUAGUGAUCGCCGACAAGUGUCCUUGUUAACAACAGCUGGAAGUGCAAAAAUGACCUGGAAACCAAAUAGUAAGGGGAAAGUUGUGAAGGCGCCAGCUUUGGUACACAAAUACAAUGAGACGAUGGGUGGCGUUGAUCUAGGUGACCAGUUUAUUGCACAGAAUGAACCCCAAUUUAGAAGUUUGAAAUUAUGGAAAAAGAUUUUGUUCAACCUCCUCAUGACAGCAACAGUUAACGCCUACAUAUGUUACAGAAAUACCUUUGUGGUACAGAAGAAAAUGAACCAUUUGACAUUUCAGCAGGAAAUAAUACAGGGUUUGAUUGGACAACACAGAGAAGGACAGACACGACCGGGUAGACGUUGCUUACUUCAAAGUACCAGACUUACUGCUCGGCACUUCAUAGAAUAGAUUCGCAACAAAAGGAGAAUGAGAUGUGCCGUUUGUUCUGGCAAAGAGAACAGAUUUUCGGGGACAAUAAUAAGAACAUGGUGUCCGGACUGUGGCGUUGGACUUUGUGUUGGAAGAUGUUUUAAACAUUUCCACACAUUGCAGAUUUAUGAGGAAUAAAAUGUUUGCGUUUUAGGGAAGAAACAACUUCAGUUAAUUGGACAUGAGUUUUAUAGUCAUACAUACUCAAAUGUUAUCACAUUCCAAGAAAUGACAAAAUAUUAUUGGCAUACAUAAACACUCUAAUCAGCUGAUCUAUGCUUGAUAAAACGUGCAAGAAUAAAAUGCGUAUGAUGUACAUGUUGAUUUCUUUUCGUUCUUUAAUUGUAUUUAAUAACUUCUCCGCUCAAACAAAAUAUUAUAUUUUUUGUUCAUCUACAAAUAUAGAAACAAAAUAAGCCAAUUUCUCUACACGUAAUGGUAAUAGUUGUCACAUCUUUUAUCAAAGAAUAUAGCUAUAGACUCAACUUUCUAAAUUAAAAAAAAA